UUACGUCUCUCGUGCAACUAUUUAUAUGCAGCAUGUCUGAUAAAAAAAAAACAAGAAAGAACUAAAGUCGUAGCGCCUUGUCUGAUACCUCAAGACAUUUCAAGUCGACGUUUCUGUCCAAAACCUCUCCCGUCUUGCUUUGGUUCUGUUAAACUUGACAGAAUGGUUAGAUCUCCUCGUAGCCAUGGCAGUGACUUCAAGAAAGGGCCAUGGACGCCGGAGGAGGAUGAGAAGCUAGUUGAUUAUAUUAAGAGGAAUGGUCAUGAAAACUGGAAAGCACUCCCUAAGCUUGCAGGGUUGAAUAGGUGUGGGAAGAGCUGCAGAUUGAGGUGGACAAAUUAUCUGAGGCCUGAUAUCAAGAGAGGAAAAUUUUCAGAGGAAGAAGAACGAGUCAUCGUCAACCUUCAUUCUGUUCUUGGAAACAAGUGGUCAAGGAUUGCUAGCCAUCUUCCCGGACGGACUGACAAUGAAAUAAAAAACUUUUGGAAUACUCACAUAAGAAAGAAGCUUCUUCAAAUGGGGAUUGACCCAAACACUCACAAGCCAAGGACUGAUCUAGAUCAUUUCUUGAAUCUCUCUCAGUUUCUUGGGGCAGCACAGUUUGGCAAUACGGCAGAUCCAUUGGACAAUUUUCUACAGUUACAGGCAGAUGCCACUCAGUUAGCCAAUAUCCAGUUGUUGCGAAAUCUGUUACAGAUUAUGAAUACCAACACACUGACCAAUCUUGAGAACAACAAUCUCUUAGGAUCCCAAAAUCCUAACCUGUUUGAAGGACUGGGCAAUUGGGCAACCAUCUCCAAUACCAAGGAACCAUUUAACCCAGUAUCUCAGGAUCUCUUUAACCCACUUGCUACCCCUCAAGCACCACCCAAUGACUUCCAAGCUAUCUCGAAUUUAUGGGCUAGCUAUGAAGGUGGAUUUGGCCCUGAAGGCCUUAACAUCAACAAUAACAGCUUGAGCAGUUCCUAUGGUACUCAAACAGAUCAAAAUCCACUUCCUGCAUUGGUUUCAGCCUCAACCUCCCCUGGAACUUCCAUUGUUAACCAAAAAGAAAGCAAGGGUAACCCAUCAAACUACUCCACUGGCACGCCUACCUACACUGUUUUUGAGGGCUGGGAGAAGCUGAUCGAUGAUGACAACUACAGCUCCUACUGGAAAGAUAUUCUGGAAUAGUUUGACAUCAUCAUCAUCAAUCGUCACAUAACUCUCAGCGAAACACUCUCUCAACAAGCAUUGAUGCAUGCUAGCUCUUGGUGCAAGAAACACAAUUCGUUCAUUUAAAAUCUUAUGUAACAAAUGAUCAUUUUCUUCUUCUUAUACAUGUAGAGUCUGUUCUGCUAAAGAUUCGACUAUGUUUUUGUAAAAAUUGGAUACAUCCAUGUUUUCCUAAAUUGUAGCUUCAAAUAAAUCUGAACAUAAAUAAUACUAUUUUCCAGUAUAAUUA